GGCGCGCCUACUCAUGCUUGGUUAGUUACCAAGGGAAGUCACGUGACUCGUAGCUUUUUGGAAUGAAUCACAUGACGGGGCCUUGAGCGCAAUGCUGGCAGGGGGUGAGCGGGAGAGCGCAGAUUUCUCAAGGUGUUGGGCAAGUGAGCUAUAAAAUACCAUGCAGUUGGCUGAGAGAAACCCGAUGAUGUUGCCGCACACCUUGCAAGAACUUCUCGGUCAUGAUACGGUGCAGGUUGAGCUAAUUCCAGAGAAAAAGGGGUUAUUUCUUAAACAUGUGGAGUAUGAGGUUUCAAGCCAGUUUUUUAAGUCUUCUGUGUAUAGAAGAUACAACGACUUUGUGGUCUUUCAAGAGAUGCUUUUGCAGAAGUAUCCUUAUCGAAUGGUGCCUGCACUCCCACCGAAGAGAAUGAUUGGAGCUGACCGUGAGUUCAUUGAAUCACGUAGACGGGCCCUGAAACGAUUUGUCAAUCUAGUAGCUAGACACCCGUCAUUUUGGGAUGAUAUGCUUGUGAAUAUAUUUCUUAAUUACAAUGGCCAGGAUAUACAAAAUAAAAUGAGGGAGUCCAUUCGUGGAGUUGGAGAUGAAUAUUUGACCACCAAAUUUGCUGCACAUGCCAAGGAUUAUCUCCCAGCUGAUAUCCAGGUUCAGUUUGCGGCCAGCAGAGAGCUGAUCCGGAACAUCUUCAAUAGCUUUUACAAACUGCGAGAUCGUGCCGAAAGAAUGGCAACACGAGCUACAGAUAACGCUACCGAUCUUCUUGGCUUUGGAAAAGAACUAAGUGCCCUGGGUUCUGACACAACACCUCUACCCUCGUGGGCAGCGCUUAGUCAUAGUACUUGGAGUGCUUUGAAACAGGCACUGAAAGGAUUGUCUGUAGAAUUCUCAGUUCUUGCUGAAAAAGCAGCUCAGCAGGGCAAACAAGAAGAAAUCGAUGUGGUGGAGAAACUAAAUCUGUUUUUGGACCUCCUCCAGUCUUAUAAAGACUUGUGCGAGCGACACGAAAAGGGUGUAUUGCACAAGCAUCAGAAAGCCUUGCACAAGUAUAGCCUUAUGAAGAAGCAAAUGAUGAGCGUUGCUGUACAGAACAAGGAGGCAGAGUCUGUGGAACAGCUGGAAUCCCGAAUUGUUGAGCAAGAAAAUGCCAUUAUUGUUAUGGAAUUAAGAAACUACUUCUCCUUGUACUGUCUGCACCAAGAAACCCAGCUUAUCCAUAUCUAUCUGCCUCUGACUUCCCACAUAUUGGGGGCAUUUGUAAAUUCACAAAUAAAAGGCCAUAAAGAGAUGAAUCAGGUUUGGAAUGAACUGAAGCCUAAGCUAAACUGUCUUUUUGUGGGUACCACCAGUCUGCCAUCUCCGCCUCUCUCCCCAGAAGAGAGACAUUUCUUCACUCGCUAGCAACUGAUUCUAAACAAAAACAAAAAACUUUUUGCAAGAAGAUGGAAUCAUAAUGCAACUGCCACCUUUAUACUAUUCGUUUUGGAAAGGAAAAUGUUGUAUAUAUUUAGCCCCAUCAUAUAUAUCUUUGUUCCUAGCAUAAGCCAUACAGGUUUUCAAAAACAUUAAACUCUAUACACCUGCCUUAGCUGAAUCUGUAUGCAGGGGGAUAACCUUUAGCAGUGUUUCUUAAUUCCUGUUCUCAGGGCACACUAACUAGACAGAUUUUUAGGAUUACCAUGGGGGAGAGCAAUAACCAUGGUUACUGAUAACUUAAUUAUUUCACCUGUGCUGUAGUUCAGAUAUCUUGAAAAUCUUGCCUGUUAGUGUGCCCUGCGGACUGGAAUUGAGAAAUACUGAUUAUGUUCGCUGUAUUGAAUGGCUAAAAUAUUACCACAUAUUAGUUUAAUUAAACCAUAAAGUUUAAUAAUAGUCAGAAUUAAAAUGUGCAUUUCACUUUAGUAUAGAAGCAUUUUAGUAAUACAGUAUAUUUGUAUUUGCCACUUUGCUUCUAUUUGUUACAUUUUAGGGGCAUGUGCACAUGCACAAGUGUAUUAGCAGAAAUUAUUCUGGUGAAGUUAUUACUGCUUUUACAAGAUUAUGUAAAUAAUAAUUUCACCAAAUACUAAAAUAUAUAUGUAAUAAUAUCGCACAAAUGCUUUUAUUCCAGACUUAAAUGCACUUAAAUGUCCUUUUAAAGAAAAUUAAGUUGAUAUGAUCCAAUGCAUUCCUUGUUAAAAAAAUAAUAAUUUUAUGAUUUAGAUAAAACAGCAAUUUUGAUCAAGUUUCUAAUUUACUCCUAUUAUCAAUUUUUCUUCGUUAUUUUGGUAUCUUUAUUUUAAAAAGCAGGAAUGAAAGCUUAGGCGCCGGACCAUUUUUGGUUCUCUAGAUCUCGCUUGCUGAUUAGUGGCUACAUUUAGCUACCGAUCAGCAAGCGCUACCCAGGUGCUGACACUAAAAUAGUCCGGCUCCUAAGCUUUCAUUCCUGCUUUUCAAAUAAAGAUACCAAAAGAACAAUAAAAAAAUAUAUUAGGAGUAAAUUAGAAAGUUGCUUAAAAUUGCUUGCUGUAUCUGAAUUACGAAAGAAAAAAAAUGGUAUUAGUAACCAUUUAAUCAUAUAUUUCUACAUAUAUAGAGUUCAAUCCAGAGGCUGUGAUUUUUUUUUUUAAUGCAUGAAUUCAGUAAUGAACUUUAUAGCUAUAUUUAAAAUAUAAACAUAUUGCUCAGUAUUGCACUUUGAAACCUAAAACUCUAUAUACUUUAUUGUUUAAUAAGUGCCUCUGCUAUUCUCCCUUAUGUGUUUGUGAUGUAGCUAUAACGGAAAUGUUUAAAAUGUGAAGAAAAAAAAAUUAUAAUGAAGAACACUAAACUGUAAGUAGAUGAUUGUGACGCUGCAAACCGCUUCAUGCUACAGACGGAAGUCUAAUAGGUUCCCUGACUGUGCCUAUCAGAGCAUCAGUCACUGUGAUUGGCUCACUGUUGGCACAUUAGGGAGCUGAUAUAUUAUAUACAUAUGUCUGAUGUGCUGGCCAAUUGACAAAGAUCUUAAAGGUAUAUUCUAAUGCACAAAUUGUGUGUUUGAAUUCAUUACGGCAUGUGAUUUUUCCAUUGCUAAUCGGCAUUCUGUGGUGUCCACCAAAGUCCUUUAGAAAAGUUUAUCCAAUGAUUUAUCUACAAAAAUCCACAUAAAUUGGAAUGGUUUAUUUUGUAGAAAAUCAUUAAACGUUCCUAAAAAGAUUGUGAUUAACCCCCUCAAAGUGGUUAAACACAUAGGUAAAUUCCCACUUGUGAGAGGCAAGCAUUGCAGUUUUCAAGCAGAAAAUAACCAGCAAGCCAAUCGAAAGCAGUAUUUUCACAAAACUUCCAAUCAACAGCCAUGUCCUGCUCAAAAUCUGCCAUGCUUGCUUCAUGAAAAUGGACUUUACCUACAGUAUGUGUUUGACAUUUUUGCUAUGAUUAAACACAUAGUAAUCUAGGAACACUUAAAAUCAUAUGCUCUAACAAAUUAAGAGUAUAUAACUUUUGCUUUAGAAUGUUCCAUUUCCUUUUUUGUUUUUACACAAUUAUCCACUCCCUUUUCUAGGUAUUCGCUUGCAAUAACAUCUUUGCUCAUUUUACAGAGCAAAAGACAUGUAUGUGUUAGCAUAAAGUCUAUUCUCACAAAAAAAGUAUUGCUGUAAAUGCAUUUAAAAUAUACAGAUACUUUAUGUAGUAAUCCUGUGCCUUUUACAAAGCUGCUGAUUUUCAGUGUUAAUAUUUUCUGCAAAAAAAAAUAGUGUUAUUUUGAGAUCAGUUCAUAAUACUGCUUUAUUGAAGACAUCCUGUUUUUGUAGAUAAAAUGUCUGGUACAGCAGUUAAAUGUUGCUGACUAGUAUAUUAUUUUCUUAUGUUUUUUUUAGAUAAUGUCAUAUAUUUUUUUUUUUACUUUUGAUAACAGAAGUGAUUAUAAGAAUGGACAAUAUAAAAUAAUACAUUCCAAAGAAAUUAUACUGUCAAAUGUCUAUAAGAGAUCUAAUAAAAUAUUAAUGUUUAUAUAAAAAUAUAUUUCUAAGAAAUACAUAAAAUAUAUUUAAUAAAAUAUAUGUUAAAUUGCAACAAA